UUGUUGCUUAAGCUUUGUAACGAUGAUCACUCGCACACUUUUGCUGACUCUAACUGUGUCUUACGUCACAGGCAUAACUCCACAGUUCGUCACAAGUACCAACUUAUUCACCGCUUCCAUAUACAAAGAAGCCAUUGAAGAUAUAACCGAAAACCUCUUAAUAAGCCCACUCUCCGCAGAAGUAGUUCUAGCUUUAGCCCAAUCAGGUGCCAAAGGUGAAACAGCCGAAGAAAUUCGUAGCAGCCUACACCUUCCAAACAAUGCAACAGAAAUUAAAACCUCCUUCAAAGAACUCCUUCAAACUUUUAACAACAAAAAAAAUUAUUCUCUUCACGCUGCCAACAAGAUCUACGUCGCAAAAAAUUUUAACAUCAAAAACGACUUCAAGACACUUGCAACGGACGUGUUUUUCUCAGAUAUUGAAAAUAUUGAUUUCGGGCAGAGCGUACAAGCUGCGAAGACUAUCAAUGAAUGGGUGGAAGGUCAAACUAACCACAAAAUCAAAGACUUGGUUGAUCCUAGAGGUCUGAGUUCUAGCACACUCGCCAUUAUGGUAAAUGCUUUGUAUUUUCAAGCGAACUGGGAAGGCUUUCACGAAUUUCCAAUUUUGAUAAAAGACUUCUACAAGACUGCAACAGAUGUGGUUAAGGUGGACAUGAUGACGAAACAAGCAACACUAAACUACUACGAAAAUACAGAAAUAGGGGCUACGUUUUUAGAACUACCGUUCCAAGGAGGAAAUGCAGAUAUGGUCUUAGUGCUUCCCAUUGACAAGCAAGGGCUUGCAGACGUCGAAAAACAAGCAGAAAAAGUCUUCAAGGCACAACAAUUCAGAAGUGAGUUUGUCGAAGUGACCAUGCCUUUGUUUAAAAUUGAAAGAAAAAUCGAUUUUAAGAAAAUCUUGCAAAAGUUAGGUGUGAAGAAAGCCUUCGACUUGGCCCAAGCGGACUUCAGUGGAAUUGCUGGAAAUAAGGGAGAUCUAGCUAUUGACGGGGUACUCCAGAAGACGUACAUCAACGUGAAUCAAGAUGGAGUGGAAGCCGCUGCCGCCACAAUAACAUCGGAUGUCACCUCGGCCAACCCUACUUCUGCUAAAUUUUUCAACGUUGAUCAUCCUUUCAUCUUCUACAUCAAAGUCAAUGAUGUGAUUUUAUUUGCUGGAAGAAUUUUGUCUCCAAGUCAUGGAAACUGACGGAAAUAUAGAGUUUUAUCACAAAAUGGACGUUUUAAACAUAUAGUAACCACAAUCAAUACUCGUUUAAUAGAUUUAAAUGGCGGAUUAACUCCUCAGUACGUUGUAUAGGGGGGUUCGACAGUCCCAAAAAAAUAAUAAAAAAAAUUCUGUAUGAUGUAGGUAUAUUACGAAAUUUCCUAGUAACGAUAGUGAUGACUGAAAUCCACC